AAACGUCAAAGUAUAAAGUCUUUAUGUUGUUAGUUUGGUUGUUUGCUAUUCUUUAGCAAUAUACUGUUUGUUGGUGUUAAUACCUGUUCCAUCUUUUCUCAAUAUAAUAAAAUACUUAUAUAAACAUGGGAAAUAGAUCGUCGCUACUCUUACGCGAAGAAGAAAUAGCACAAAUACAGAAUGAAACUGGAUUUACACCCAAUCAGAUUGAAAGGUUGUAUUCAAGAUUUACUUCAUUGGACAGAGGUGAUUGUGGAACAUUAAGUAGAGAUGACUUUUUACGAAUACCUGAAUUGGCUAUAAAUCCCCUUGGGGAACGCAUUGUAAACUCUUUUUUUCAAGGAGAUGACUUUAAUGAUAGAGUCAACUUUAGACAAUUCAUGCAAGUCCUUGCUCACUUUAUACCUAUCAAAAAGAAUAAAGAAAAUAGAUUGAAUACAAGAGAAGAAAAAUUAAGGUUUGCAUUCAAAAUGUAUGACCUUGAUAACGAUAAUAUGAUUUCUAAAGAUGAACUCCUUGCGAUUUUGCAUAUGAUGGUUGGAACAAAUAUAAGCGAGGAACAAUUAAAUAGUAUUGCAGAAAGAACUAUAGUUGAAGCUGAUGAAGAUGGUGACCAGAUGAUUUCAUUUGAAGAAUUUUGUAAAGCUUUACAAAGGACCGAUGUAGAACAAAAAAUGAGCAUAAGGUUCUUAAAUUAGGGUUGUGUAGCUUAUGUUUGUUUAGAGCUUCUAGAUAAUAUGCAUUUGUAAAUAUUUUGGGAAUAGAGUUAAUAUAUUUUGUU